AUGACUGACUCUCCCGAUCCAAAGUGCGGCUCUCUCGCCGCCGCAUUACCUGGCAAGGUGUACAACCAACAUCAGAGCGAGUACGACCGACUCGUCAAUGCUCGAUGGUCUGAAACAGCGGUCCUGCACCCGGCUUGUGUGGUCGUUCCUGAGCACUCGAAAGAUGUCUCUGCAGCCUUGAAGGCUCUUGUCCGCCAUGGCUGCAAGUUCGCCGUUAAGUCGGGAGGACACAACGCGAAUCCGGGUGCGAAUAGUAUUUCCAAAGGAGUCUCGGUUGACCUCAGCAGACUCAACCUGACGAGCUUGGCGGCCGACCGCAGCCACGUGAAGCUCGGGUCCGGCGUCACCUGGGGCCAAGCGUACGAUGCAUUCGAUGGUACUGGAAUCGGAUUUCCCGGCGGAAUAUGCGAGGAUGUCGGUGUCGGCGGCGUGUCACUCGGUGGUGGACAGUCUCUUUUCCAACCAAAAAAAGGCUGGGCGGUGGACAACAUCGUCAACUACGAGGUGGUCCUGGCCUCGGGGGAGAUUGUCAAUGCUAAUGAAACUCACCAUACGGAUCUCUUCAGGGCGCUCAAGGGCGGCAAUACCAACUUUGGAAUCGUGACCAGGGUAGACAUUGCCGCUUUCGACUACCCGGGUCUCUGGGGAGGAGAAGUUUAUGUCAACCUCACCGGGCCGGAGGCAACUGGCCCGGUAGUCCUAGACCGAAUGAGUGCCACUUUUGUCAACUUUACCCGGGAUAACCAUCUCGACACCAGUACGGCAGUUCAGCUGAUGACGGUCUACCUGAGUGGUGGGCGUGGGCGCAUCAUCAACGCCGCCUUCGGCAACACCGAAAACAAGGAGAGCCCCAAGGCUUUGGCACCAUUCUUUGCUAUGCCUAAUCGGAUCAUGAACACGGCACGUCACACGAGCAUGGCCAAGUUUGUGCAUCAAGUGAGCAAGUUUCAAGCAAAGGGAUUUCGACAGGUCACGGCGACUCUAACCUUCAGAAACGACUACAAAACGUUGCGUAGAAUCUGGGACGCGACAGACGAUAUAUACAACGGGCUUGAGCGCAAAAACGAGGUCGACUGGAUGAUAUCCUUCAUCCCGCAGCCCAAAAUCCAGCAGUCCUACGCCGCUGCGCGCGGUGGCAACAGCCUUGGUCUGCAGGAUGUUGCUCAGGACCAGAUAAUUCUGUGGCUGACAUCUCGCUGGACGGACCCUCGGUUGGAUAACAUGAUGGAGAAGGCAAGGGGAGAAUUGGUCGAGACAACCUCCGCUAUUGCUAAACAGGACGGAUCGUAUCACCCGUUUCUGUACAUCAACUACGCAGCGCCAUUUCAACAACCUCUGUGCGGAUACGGGGCAGCCAGCCUGGCAAACCUUAGGGCUGUUGCAAAGAAAUACGAUCCAGCCCAAGUCUUCCAGAAGCUAAUGCCGGGAGGUUUCAAACUGCAGCGCGCUGCUUGCACUUGA